CUCUGGCAACUGGAUACACUGCCAUAUCGGAAUGAGCGGCUCAUCACCAGGUCGAAACAAGAUGCAGAGGCAGUGCGACAACUCGAGGAGAAGACAACUGGAGUAGAGGUUAAGAAAAAUCUUCCCCCUCUCUAUGCACCAAAGGAGGCAGUGUUGCCUUUGCUACGUGGGACAGAAAGACGACUAGCCAAAGAAGUGGAUAAAGCAGCAACCUAUUCCAAGGAGAUUCACAAGCUGCUUGAUGCUGGCUACAUCAAACCCAUUCCAUCAUCAGAGGUUGAAGAGAGCAGCCAUUUGUGGUUCAUACCCCACCACAUGGUUUGCCACAAUGAAAAGGACAGGAUAGUCUUCAACUGCUCAUUCACAUUCAAGGGCUAGAACUUAACAUGAAGGUAGAUGAGGAACCAACUGUCUACGAGUGGCAAGUGCUCCCUCUUGGGACAACAUGCAGCCCAUGUUGCUCUCCAAACACAUGUCCAAGGGCACACAGAGCCAGGAGAAGAUGUUCGCCUGUCUAUCGAACGCUUCUAUGUCAACAACUGUUUGCAGAGCCUCCCUUCUGAACAGCAAGCUAAGAGACUGGUGGACUGACUGCAAUCUCUCCUCAGUGAAGGCGGCUUUGAACUGCGGCAAUGGGCUAGCAAAGUGCCAUCUGUUAUAGACCAUCUACCGAAGGAGUCUCGGUCUGAAAGCGAACUCUGGUUCUCACAAGAGAAUGCAGAUCCUCAAGAGUGCACUCUUGGACUAGUGUGGCAGUGUAAGUCUGAUACCCUGAGAUACAAGCACCAGCAGAGUGAAAGUCCAAAACCUACAAUGCGUAACAUCUAUCGACUGCUUGCUCAACAGUAUGAUCCUCUUGGGUUCAUAAUCCCAUACACCACAAGAGCCAAGGUCAUUGUGCAACGUCUCUGGGACAAGAAACGAGGCUGGGAUGACCCCAAUCUCCCAGAAGACUUACUCCAAUCCUGGCAACUGUGGGUAAGUGAGCUCCCUUAGCUGUCAUUGAUAACUCUGCCAAGAUGCUACACUGACCACCAGAGAGACUGUAGCAGCAGCCCUCACAGCAUUCAUGUUUUCUGUGACGCCUCUGAACGUGCAUAUGGGUCUGUAGCCUAUCUGCGCACUGAAGAGAGUGAAGGAGGAGCCAAAGUGGCAUUUAUUGCUGCAAGAUCCAGAGUCGCACCAAAGAAACAACUCUCAAUCCCAAGACUGGAAUUGUGCGGUGCAAUGACAGGGGCUCAGUUAGCUUCCGUACUGAAGAGAGAACUGACGCUGAACAUUCAAGAGAUGGUGUACUGGACAGACUCAACCACUGUACUGACCUGGCUUCAGUCAGACUCCUGUCGGUACAAGGUUUUUGUUGGAACCAGGGUAGCAGAAAUACAGGAGCUCUCUGGCCCAGCUUCCUGGCGUUAUGUCGACUCAGAAAGCAAUCCCGCAGAUGAUAUAACCAGGGGCAAAACCCUUUCUCAGCUUGCUGGAGAGAGCCGCUGGAGUCAAGGGCCUCCCUUUCUACAGCUCUCUGCUAACCAUUGGCCAAAUGCACCAUCUGGAGAACCUACUGAAGAGGUCGAGGAACUAAGGAAAACUUCAUUCUGUGGACUGCUCACCGGUGCAGAUACUCCCACAUUACCAGAUACCCAACAAUUCAGUACAUACCAGGAACUCUUGGAAGCUACUACGAGGUCACUACACGGGGCGGCUAACAUCACUGAUCACCCCACAGCCGAUGACUAUAACAAAGCAGAGUUGGCCCUCCUUAGACAAGCUCAGAUGGAAAGCUUCCCUGAAGACUUUGUAUUACUCAAAUCAGGAAAGGCCAUCCCUACCAGUAGUAGAUUGCUUACUCUCACUCCUGAGUAUGAUGAGACUACUGACUUGAUCCGAGCAGGUGGUAGGCUCAGAAGAUGUGAAGACCUGAAUCGUGAGUUUCUGCACCCUAUUCUUCUGGCCCUCUCUCAUCCUGUUACCAAGCUGCUAAUUCAGCACUUUGACAAUCAGCUGUGUCACCCUGGAGCUGAACGUGUCUUCACUGAGUUGCGCAGGACAUACUGGAUAUUGAGAGGCAGAGAAGCAGUUAGAAAGCAUCAGUAUAACUGCCCAGGGUGUAGGAAAUGGAGAGGUAAGCCAGAGAUCCCAAAGAUGGCUGAUUUGCCCCCUUCAAGUUUGAGACUCUUUUGACCUGCCUUCUAUUCAACUGGAACUGACUGUUUCGGCCCAAUGCUGGUAACGGUGGGACGGCGCACUGAAAAGAGGUGGGGUAUCCUGUACAGAUGUCUCACCACUCGGGCAUUGUACCUUGAUCUGCUAUCCGCUUUGUUGCUCACAGGGGGAAACCCUUUGAGCUCUUGUCGGAUCAGGACACCAACUUUAGAGGAGGCAGUAGGGAACUGCGAGAAGCGUUCGAUGCCAUGGAGCCUACCAUCCGGGACCAGCUUGUCACAACAGCUGGUCCCACAACAGAUCCGAUUCCGCUUCAAUCCCCCCAAUGCUCCCCACUUUGGUGGGUCCUGGGAGCGAGAAGUGCGAUCAGUAAAGUCUGCCCUCCGCACCACCUUAGGAGCCCAACAUGUGUCAGAGGAAGUGCUAAGAACGGUUCUCGUAGAAGUUGAGAACAUCCUGAACUCCAGGCCAUUGGGGUACGUUUCUACGGACAUCGCAGGUCCAGAUCCUGUAACACCCAACUCCUUGUUGAUGGGGCGGCCAGAUUCAUCCCUGCCACAAGUCGUCUACCCAGAAACUGAACUGCUCAGUCGUAAAAGAUGGAGACACACUCAAGUCCUUGCAGAUUAUUUUCUGGAAACACUACAUACAGCACUUCCUGUGGAAUACAGAGAAAGAUGAUAUCACUGUUGGAGCUGUUGUUCUCAUCGUUGAUCAUCAGAUCCCAAGAGCUCAAUGGCAAGUUCGAACCAUCAAGUCCGUUAUACCUGGAGCUGACGGAAAGGUGAGAACUGCAGUCGUUCAAAUGAAGGACCGGACCUACACCCAACCUGUGGCUCGUCUCAUCAAGCUACCUGCUUUACCCCAUGACAAGACUGAAACACAUUAAAGGUAUCCUUUAUCAAAUUUACUCACUAAAUUUGGGGGCGGCUGUAAAAACGGUAAUUUAGAAGGGACAUCUCCCGUUUCCCACCACCAGCUGCGCAAGUGAAUGCAGCAUCACACAACGUAUCCCCAGAGUACUGCAGGCAGGGAGACAUGCCUGGACAAGUUUAGAUGCAGCAUUAACAUUAAAGCUGUCGGUGACGGACUUAUUAUACCGUGUGUGCGUCCAUGAUACACGUAAGUCAGUAAUUAUUGGAGUUUCGUGUUUUUCAUUGUUCAUGUUAACUAUGCUUGUGCAAUUUCGUGUGUUUGCUGUUUGGUUAUAAGCAUCUAAUGUGAUUUUAGCGCUAAAUUCGCUAAUUGAUAGCAUAAUAGUUUAAUUCAGUCCGAAUACUGCAUUUAUUUAGUACUUAUGUACUUAUUUGCCAUUUCUGUAGACAUUCUGCAUUGAAUUACACGAUGAUUCAGUUACUUGAUGUACAGUCUUAUUGUUAAUUUCUUGUUGUUUAAAGCUAAUAGUUAACAUACUGUAAGUUAGAGAAUAUGCUCUGUGUUCUUGAUGCUUUGAGAUAUAUAUAUGUCAGAAUUACUAAAUAGUAUGUUUUGUUACUUUCUAUUUAGAACCACACACACACACUCACCUUCAGACGACAGUGUGAAGAAGUUCAGCUCUAACUUGUAUGCCAAUCACCUUGGAUAAAGAUACAAACUAA